UGCACGCUAACUAUAUACAACAACAGAAUGGGAAAAAAAAAAAACAUAUCCUGUAGAGUUCUACACAAAACCUUCAAGUGCUUCCAAAGAACGCUUUAUGGUGGUAGACGUCAAGGCACGUGUUUUGAUGAACUUUGAAUGGAUGUGCUGUAUUUGUUCAGACUGUUUAAAAGUUACAAAACAACUUUCUCCUGACAACUUUAUUGAUGCUAAAAAUCAUUGGUGAGAAAUCCAUGCAUACAGAAAUCCCAAAGUAGAGUUAGAUCACCAAUGAACAAGCCAGAGGUGACAGUGGAGAGGAAAAACUGCCUGAGACAACACGAGGAUCAAACCGUAGGACACUGGAUAAUGGGACUACAAAUCAUUAUAACUACUGUAAUGCUCAACGUGAAAACUGGAAUUGUGAAGAUUGUAGCUCAUUAGUACUUCAGAACUUGGGUUAGUUUAAGGCUCGGACCUAUUUGGUCCCAUAUAUGCGGUCUAUAUUUAUCCAAAGCACACUUCUCAUCUUGUAAUUCAUUGGCUAAUGUGGUGAAUAGAAUCAGCUGUCAUGUAUCCUAAACACUCUUCGCACAUGAUCCUCCCAGACGAAGUCAAUAAUCACCUCCGAGUAAAUCCCUCCCUACUACUUUGAUUUCACUCUGAUGUUUACACACAACUCGUUCGUAUGAUCCCCUUCUGAAGCUCCAUUGAUCCACAAGAUUCCUAGGACUCCAACUGCAUGACGCGGGAAGAGGUAGCGACCCAAGGAGGGGUGGGUGGAGCACAGUAACCCUAUAUGAACCUCAUCAUUAAAGCCAAGAGUCUCAAAGUCGCAAUGACCACCAGGCGUGCCGUCCUCGAAGAUGACCUCUCCUGCCCAAUAUGCGGGAAGAUUUUUCAAGAGCCUGUGGUGCUUUUCUGCAAACAUAGAUUCUGUAAACCAUGCCUGGAGAGCAGUUGGGUCGGUGGAGGAGCUUGCGAAUGUCCACUCUGCUGCCAGCCGUCGUCCAUGGGGGAACUCAUAGUUAACACAAUGCUCAAGAAGUCCUGUGAAGGUUAUCUGAAAGAACGGCGCAAGAGUAACCCCUUUGCAUGCAAAGAACACGGCGAAUCUCUGACCUUAUUCUGUCUGGAAGACCUACAGCCUACAUGCGUCGAGUGCAAGGAAUCGGGAAGCCACAAAGGGCAUCGAUUAUACUCUUUGGAAGAGGCUUCGCAAGAUUGUAAGGCUGAACUGAAGACUGCUCUGAAGCCACUGCAAGACAAGCUGAAGUUCUUCAGGAAUGUUAAAUCCACAUACGAUCUAACAGCAGAGCACAUUAAGAGACAGGCAGAACAUGCAGAGAGGCAGAUCAGAGAGGAGUUUGAAGCGCUGCACAAGUUCCUUCGAGAAGAAGAAGUGGCCAAACUCUCUGAACUGAAGAAAGAGGAGGCGGAUAAGAGCGAGACCAUGACGGAAAAGAUGGAGGAGAUGGAAAACCAAAUCACGUCCCUCACAAACACCAUCAGGUAUAUCGAAAAGGAGAUGAGCGCUCAGGAUAUCCCGUUCCUCCAGAAUUACAAGGAAACCAUAAAGAGAACUUGGCAGCUACCCCAGGAACCACAGAUGAUAUCAGGGUCUUUGGUUGACGUAGCCAAACAUUUAGGCUCUUUAAAAUUCAACGUCUGGGAGAAGAUGAAGAAUAUCAUCCAGUAUACUCCUGUGACUCUGGACCCGAACACAGCGGCGAGCUGUUUCCAGCUGUCAGAGGACCUGACGACUCUUCAGUGCUGCUCUCAGAUCUUCAAGCUCCCGGACAACCCGGAGCGCUUCGACGUGAGUGCCGAGAUGCUGGGCGCAGAGGGCUUCCGCUCGGGUAAACACAGCUGGGACGUGGAAGUCAAAAACAACAGCUACUGGGUGAUCGGAGUAGCCAGCGAAUCGGUGAAGAGGAAGGGCAAGAACGUGCUGACGCCUGCAGAGGGGUUUUGGACUAUUCGGCUGAGGAACGGCGAGUACAAGGCUUGCUCGGCACCGUGGUCGUCGCUAACCAUGAACAAGGAGCCAGAUGUGGUGAGGGUGGUGUUGGAUAUGGACAGGUCGAAGGUGACGUUCUAUGACCCGAGAGAGAGGACGCCACUCUACACGUUCACGGACAUCAUCUCGCCACGAGUGUUUCCUUACUUCUGCAGUGCCUGCAAAGAUCAUCCACUCAAAGUACUUCCAGCGAGUGUGUAUGUUAAAGUGCAGCACUAGACCUGAGCAAAACCCUCCCUCCCUCUCUCUCUCUCUCUCUGAACUGUUUUACAUUACAGAGUGGAGUGGUAAUUUAUCGCCAUGGGAAAAGUAACUUCAAAUCCAUCCACUUGUUUACCAAGUGCAGUUACAUUAAAGUGCAAAAGUUUGCACACCCUUCAGACAAAAUGCAAAAUAAAACACAAAUAUUGUAAUCAUAAAUAUAUCUGGUGUGUGUAUUAGUGUUUUCCUGAUGUUUCUCUAUUGGUGAGUCACAAAAAGAGUCAGUAUUAAUAAGUUAAAACAUGAGAUUAAAAAAAAAAAAAAAAAAAAAAGAUAUUGAGUCAUGAAGUGACGUCACUGAUGUGGGGGAGGGGCGGGGUUAUCCACAGUGACGUCACAGACCCUACUAAUCCAUAAUCAAAUUCCUUGUCGAUUAUUUUAUUUAAUCGUUUAGUUGUUGCAGCCCUACAUGCAAACACUAAAAUUUUUUAGGCAUCUGUUUACAUUUCUUCCUGCCCCAGAAAUAAGCUCCACCCUCCACCAAAUCAGAUCUGCUCAGAUUUGCCACUUUUCCUCUAAAGCGUACCUCAUGAGGGCUUAAAAAGGUCAAAUUUUUUAAUUGUAACUGCAUGAAGCAAUGACUGAAUAUCAAAUUCCUUCAUAUCAAACAUGAUAAAAUACUAUUCUAAUAUGUAAAGUUCGCAUCCUGCUCAAUAUUUUAAUGUUUAAAGCUGAAGUACUCUAGACGUCUGUCUGGCAAUAUGAUAUAAUAUAUAAGAUAUUGUUAUAAAUUGUGUAUUGUUAAUUGUUAUUAAAAAAAAAAACAAUUCUUAAAUAUCAUGGACAGUCAGUACUUUUUAGAAAUUUUGUAUUAAAUCUUCAAAAUUGUAAAGAUUUUGUAUAGAUUUUUAAAAAAAAAAAAAAUGUUCCCAUAUUUUCAAUGUUCAAUUUUUGUAGGCCAUUAAAGAAAAGUAUAUUUAACCUCUUUAAAAAAAAAAAAAAAAAAAUUUAUAAACACAUUUGUAAAUCCAACACUUAUACGUGGUGAUACAUCCCAGAACGUAUCGUCCUCGAGUAUCACGAUGCGAUAUUUUUGUCAUAUC